AUGAAUACCCCGCGAUAUGGUCACACAGCGUCCGUACUGGCCAACGGAAAGGCAUUAGUUACCGGCGGAAUUAAUGGUGAGAUUUUUUUAAAUAGUACUGAGUUGUAUGAUCCAUCAACAGGAGGUUGGGUCACUACUGCAAGUAUGGGUAAUUCACGACAAAGACAUACAGCAUGUGUAUUAACAAAUGGAAAAGUAUUAGUGACCGAAGGAAAUGAUGGACCUGUUCUAGAUAGUGCUGAGUUGUAUGAUCCAUCAACUGGAACCUGGACAACUACUAGUAGUAUGAAGAGUAGACGAGGUUUUCACACAGCCUCUGUAUUGGCAAAUGGACAAGUGCUAGUGGCUGGUGGAUACGAUAUAUAUGGUCUUUACAGUACUGAGUUGUAUGACCCAUCGACAGAAACUUGGACAAUCACUGGUAGCAUGAACGAUGCACGACAAAUGUACACAGCAACCGUACUAGCAAACGGAAAAGUAUUGGUUACUGGUGGAGAUGACGGUGUAGUUUUUCUAAAAAGUGCCGAGCUGUAUGACCCAUUAACAGGAAAUUGGACAACCGCGGGUAGUAUGAGUUUUACACGAGCAUGGCACACAGCAUCUACAUUAGCAGACGGAAAUGUGUUAGUUGCUGGUGGUAAUAGCUACGGUGUUAAUAUAACUGAAUUAUAUAUUCCAUUGACAAAAGCUGUGUCAUCUAUCCAUAAAAUGAAUAAUGCAUCAGAUUACCUCAAAGUACCAGUAUUAACAAAUGGAAAACCGUUAAUUAAUAGUUGA